AUGAAGCCUUGGAAGACGAGUAUAAGGGACACUCUGCCCUUGCUCGCUAGUCAUCUUAGUUUCAGUGGCGUUGAAGACGAUGCAGAUGAGGAGGAGAAGGGGAAGAAGAAGAAGAAGGAGGAGGUGGUUGGGGCAAUGGCGCUGGCUAACGCAGUCAGCUAUUUGAAGGAAAUGUUCGUUCGGGAACACUCUACAAAGUAUGAGUAUGAACUAUUGAACACUGAGCUGGAUUCUCCAACUGCGGAUGUAGAUGUUGCUUGCAAUGCUGAUGCGGAUGUGGAUGUUGCUCGCAAUGCUGAUGUGGAUGUGGAUGUUGCUUGCAAUGCUGUUGUAGAUGGGGAAGUUGCUCGCAAUGCUGAUGCAGAUGUGGAUGUUGCUUGCAAUGCUGUUGUAGAUGGGGAUGUUGCUCGCAAUGCUGAUGUGGAUGUGGAUGUUGCUUGCAAUGCUGUUGUAGAUGGGGAUGUUGCUCGCAAUGCUGAUGCACAUGUGGAUGUUGCUCGCAAUGCUGAUGCGGAUAUGGACGUUGCUCGCAAUGCUGAUGCGGAUAUGGACGUUGCUCGCAAUGCUGAUGCGGAUAUGGACGUUGCUCGCAAUGCUGAUGCGGAUAUGGACGUUGCUCGCAAUGCUGAUGCGGAUGUGGAUGCUACUCGCAAUACUGAGGCAGAUGUGGAUGUUGCUCGCAAUGCUGAUGCAGAUGUUAAGAAAUUGUCAAUGUGA